AUUGUUUACAAGUAUAGAGGAAUGGAAUAUAGGGGAAAUAAGGUCAUAUGGGAGGCGGUGUAUCUUACAUGAGUUUUAUUGACAUUUUAGAAGGAAAACGUGCAACAUAACUGAGGGGAUGUCAUAUUUAGACAUGGAUCUUCUGUCUUUUCAAUUGUCCUUGCUGUCUGCCUGGAGCACUACUGUUCUAGGGCUCGCUGUCCUGGCACUAGGUCUGCUAAUGCACUGGGUGAAGAACAAAAGAAGAAGUAACUACCCGCCAGAACCCUUCCCUCUACCUCUGGUUGGAAACAUGUUUCUUCUGGAUUUCAAAAACUUUCCUGAAAGUUUAGCAAAGUUGAGGACACGUUAUGGAGACGUGUUCAGCCUGAAGUUAUUCUUUGAGGACACGGUUGUAUUGAACGGAUAUAACGCUAUAAAAGAGGGACUGGUUACAAAAUCAGAGGACACUGCUGACCGACCCUCUAUACCUAUGUUUGAACAUCUUGGACUUCAUAAUGGCAUCGCAUUCACAAGAUAUGGUCAGCAUUGGAAAGAGCAAAGGCGAUUUGCCCUUUCAACUUUAAGGAACUUUGGCAUGGGAAAGAAAUCUAUGGAAGAGCGUGUACGGGAGGAGGCUGGCUACCUCUGCUCAGCCUUUCAGGAUGAAGAAGGAUGUCCCUUUGAUCCAUUUAUGGUACUAAAUAAUGCAGUCAGCAACGUCAUCUGUUCCAUUAUUUUCGGUGAACGAUUCGAUUACACUGACUCAUCAUUUCAGAGGAUGAUUUGCCUGCUGAGAACUAUGUUUGAACUUGAAGCAGAACCCUUUACUCAGUUAUACAAACCUUUUCCUUGGCUCAUGAAGAUGCCUGGACCCCAUCAGAAGCUCUUCUCAAUUCAACGUACUUAUCUAGACUUCCUAGAAACAAUCAUCCAGAAACACAGACAGACUUGGGAUCCCGCCAUCAGGAGGGAUUUCAUUGAUGUAUUUUUUGAGGAAAUGGAAAAAACUAAAGAUAACCCCAGCAGCAGUUUCAGUGAGAAGACGCUUCUCAUCGUAAUGGCCGAUCUCUUUGUAGCUGGUACAGAUACAACAUCCAACACGUUACGCUGGUCCCUGUUAAUGAUGCUGCUCCACCCUCACAUCCAGGAAAAAGUUCAUGAAGAAAUAGACCGUGUGAUUGGCCGAGAUAAGUUGCCCACAACAGAAGAUGCAUCCAACAUGCCAUUUACCAACGCGGUCAUCUAUGAGGUGCAACGCUAUGGAAAUAUCUUGCCUAUGGCCCUGCUUCAUAUGACCUGCAGAGACACCAACAUCCAAGGCUUUGAUAUCCCCAAGGGUACCACAAUUAUACCCAACCUGACAUCCGUUUUAAAAGAUGAGACCAUUUGGAAGAAGCCUUAUCAGUUCUACCCUGAACAUUUCUUGGAUGCAGAGGGAAAGUUUGUAAAGAACGAAGCAUUCAUUCCAUUUUCAGCAGGCCGCCGUAUAUGUGUGGGAGAACAGCUGGCAAGAAUGGAUCUAUUCAUCUUCUUCACAUCCCUGCUGCAACGUUUUCAAUUCCACAUUCCAGAUGAUCAGCCACGUCCCCGGGAUGAUCCUGUAUUUACAUUCAACUUAAGCCCUCGGCCCUUCCAAGUCUGCGCUCGAGUUCGCUAACAUCAGCCAGAGGAAUAAUUACCCAUAUAUGUAGUUAUAAGUCUCCACAAACACCGAAUGUUCAUUAUGAAUAUCAAGCGUUCUGACCUCACAAAUUACAAUUUACACACAUCUUAUAUAUUUUUAUAAUACAGUAGAUACGUUUUUCUAUUUAAGUUUAGUACUCUAUACUGAAGAAAUAAUCACAGAAUGAGUACAACGUUUACCUAAGUUGUAAUACAUUUUUAUUCCU